GGAAUGAAUCAAAAGGUAGUAAGCAAAGGGAUGAAAAUUGAUGGUAGUCGUGGCCUGCUUCAUUAUCAUUGCCUUCCUUUACUUAACACAGAAAAUAGCUGGAUACGAUUGAGCAACUUUUCUGAGACAUUGGUUGUGUGUGGCUGUCUUUCCUUAUCCCUAAUAACAAUCUCUUUUUCCUUUCAACAGUACUCAUUAUGUUUCUAUCAUAUAUUGCAUGGCUUAUCCCUUUAGUUCUUCCCUUCUAUUAGUCACUAAAAAUCAGCAAAAUAAUGUCUAAUCAAGAAAAUGGUAACUGGCCAGAGUUUAUACUACCUGAUUCUUUGUACACUGAAACCAUCAGAGAAGUUCAUUUAUCCGUAGAGCAGGAUUGGGAUUCUUUGCGACAAUCAGCAUGUCAAACUGCAGCAGGAAGGGCACUGUGGAAACAUGUGAUCCAUGAUCCACUAGCAGAGUUACUUGCAGGGGAGACAUACCUGAAGAAAUUGUAUGAGAAAAUUAAGAAAGACAUCCUCAAUAAUGCUAGAGAGGUUUCUGGAGUAAUCAUUGCUGUUAGGACACUAUGGUUUGAUAAAAGAAUUGAAGCAGCUCUUACUUCUUUUGAUGGUGGAGGAGCACAAGUUGUCAUUCUUGGAGCAGCCGAGGGUCUUCCGGAAACAACCUCCCUACCUAAGGUAGAGGUAAGGUCUGCGUACACUCUAUCCUCCCCAGACCCCACGUUGUGGGAUUCACUGGGUAUGGAUACAAGGGCAUACCGCUUGAGUUGCUUGAAAGACAGUAACAUUUUUGAGGUUGAUUUUCCUGAGGUCUUGCGUAUGAAAACCACUAUUCUAGAGGCAGCAACAGAAACAACAGAUGAACGAAAGCACCAAAUUAUGAUGGCAAAAUCAUUGAACAGAGUGGCAGCUGACUUGAGAGAAAAGGACUGGCUUGAAAAGCUUCAAGAAUCAGGCUUAAAGCUAAAUAAGAAAACAGUGUGGGUAUUAGAGGGCAUUCUAUACUAUCUCUCUCACUCAAAUGCCAUGGAAGUACUGAAGAUUAUCGCAAAUAACUGUACCUCUGUUCAUACAGUACUCUUAGCGGACUUCAUGAACAAGCAAUCAACUACAAUGUCCAGCUCAAAUUUCCAUUUCUAUAGCGACUAUCCUGAUCAGUUAUUACCGUCACUAGGAUUUUCUGAUGUCAGACUUUCUCAAAUUGGUGACCCAGAUGCACAUUUCGGGUUAUUGCAUGACCCACUAAACUUGUUCAACAAGUUGCGCAACUUGCCCAGGUCACUUCAAACUCACCCAGAUGAUGGAACACCAUGUUGUAGGUUGUAUUUGCUUCAGGCUUCUGGUGAACCACCAAAACAGACUAUUUUGUGAAUAUUAUAAGAAUGGGUCACCAGUAAAGUCUAACUUGCUGUUAUAGCUUAGAAGCACUCCUCAUUGAUUGACUGUCAUCUUACCGCAUUAGUUAUAACAGUGACAGUGUCAUUUAAGCUAUGGCUAGUACACUUUUUAUCUUUUCAA